UGGGAAGGCAGCAUCGCUGUCAUGUUGUUUGUCUGAUGGAAACACCUUACUGCCGUCACACGUCUGUACAACCAGCAGUAUGACUUCACCUUCGGACCUUAGUUUUGUUGCUUUUAGUCUUAUCGCUCUUCAACCGACAUGUCUGGCAACGUAUGACCUUGGGAAACGGUUAUUCCAGCCAUUAUAACCCAGUUGCUUCAUCAAGAUAGGCAAGCCCAACCACCACGUCGAGAUAGCAACAACGGUCGGGUCAUCAUAGUCUUGCCAUACUUGUAUCUUUUCCAGUAAUAAUGUUUAUUUCUUAGUAAACAAUAAAUUUUUUUCGAAAAUAUUCCAUAACACAGAUGCGUUGAAUAAAUAUCUACGUUUUUUUGUGAAUAUUUAGUAUCUUAUCAAUUCUUUUCCUCAUGAUAACUUCAUGUUUAUCGUAAAGAUUUCAGCUUUUUGUGGUGAUAUAUAUAUAUAUAUUACUCCUUAGAAGAUGAAACCAUUUCACGGCCAAUAACAUCUGUCAGCUGAGUGCUUUUUGAUUAACACGACGUGACCUCAUUUGUGGAUUUUGAUCAUACCACUAUUACUGAGUUCAGUCGUUUUUGUGUUGUCAAAUACAUCUCUACCUGCGUCAAAAAAUGGUACUUACAUUAUUAUUUUUCUUACUGAUUGAGCGCAAUAGAAAUAAAGAGUAAAAUCAAGGUUUCUUUUACUAAUCAAUAUUCACUAUCACAUCUAAAGUUUGUAUAUAAUACGAUCCCUUUAUUUUAACAAAAUAACCCACUAAUUAUUUUAUCACCAUCUUUCAGCGUGGAAAUGGAGUCCUGAACAAGAAAGCCCGGAAUAUUAUCGUCUUCUACAAAUGUUUCAAGAUCGACGGUCUGCGCUUUAUUCCAUUCAAACGAUUACCCUCACAGGUGUAUCACUUGGUAAAUCUAUUGGAAGUUGGUUUGGUCCAAAUACUGUUGCACAAGUACUCAAAAAACUAUCUGUCUAUGACCGUUGGACAAAUUUAUUUAUUCAUAUUUCUGUAGAGGAUGGGAUCAUUAUUGAUGAAAUCAAAUCUUUAUGCUGCCAAAAUCGACCUUAUUUCAAUUUCUCAAAUAAUGCUAGUGAAAAUGAUAAUCAAUCCGAAUCGAUGAAACCUAGUGCUGAUGAAAGUAAAGAUGAUCCCGCAGAAGAAUCGGACUCAUCAACAUCUUCAUACAGUUGUCCAUUUGCUCAAUCUGUUAUUGAUAUAAAUCAAAGUUGUGAUUGGAACAAUGAAGCCCUUAGUAUGCGUAAUUAUGAUUCAGAAAUCAUUGAUUUACGAUCUCAACUUCAAUUACCUGUUACCAGAGAAGUGGAUGAUAGUUGUAUAGAAAUAGUUUUACCUCCAACUUUCACUAGUUCAAUACUUACUAAUACUCAAUCAAAUGAGUCAAAUGUAUUAUCUACAUCCAAUGUAAUUAAUUCACAUCAUUCUUCAUCAAUUUUUGACGAUAACAAGAUUUCCAUUCCUGUUGAUGAUAAUACUCAUAAAGAUUGUCAAGGAAAUCAACUUCCUAUGGAUCAAACGAAUCAAUACAAUGAUAAUCAAACUAACAGCACUACUAUUACCUCUCCUGUCGUUGCUUCUGUACAUGUUAAAUCUUCAUCCUCCUCAACAAAUUCACCUUCAUCAAAUUGGAGACCAUUAUUGCUAUUUGUUCCUCUUCGACUUGGAUUGCAUAAUCCUAAUCCGUGUUAUUUCAAUGCAAUCAAAGCUGUAUUUCGUUUGCCAAAUUGUGUCGGAAUAUUAGGCGGUUCACCAUGUCAUGCUGUCUGGAUUGUAGGUGUUACUGAUGAUGAUGUAAUCUGUUUAGAUCCGCAUACUACUCAACCCGCUGGUCGCGGUAAUUUAAAACCAGAUUAUGAUCAAACAUAUCAUUGUGAUAAUCCUAUACGUAUCCCGCUUAAACGAUUAGAUCCAAGCAUGGUAUUAGGUUUUUUAUGCUCAACUGAAAAAGAAUUUGAUGAUUUAUGUCAUAAUUUAAAAGAAGAGGUUCUACAUCCCUCAGUGGCUAAUUCAUGGCCUUUAGUAGAAAUUCAUACAACAAGACCGUCUAACCUACCACCACUUCCUUCAUCCAAUAUUCCAAAUGAUCUAUUAAUUUCUGUAUAUCCUUCAGAUCAGGAUAAUCUUGGUUGUGGUGUUGAUGAGAAUGCAGAUAAUUCAACUCACAAUGCUAAUAAUAAAGAUGAUGAACAUGAAGGUAAACUAAGUGAAGCAAUGGGUGCAGUAAAAGCUCUAUGGUCUAAAUGUAAUCAAGUAGCUGGCGAUACUGUUCGUAGUUUAGCAAAUGUACCACAACGAUUUGUAAAAAGUCCGGAAUAUGAAGUUAGUUAAUUAAAAUGGUUAAUCUCAGUGUGUCGUUAUGUAUUAUGAAUAAUUAAUUAUUAUCCAAUGUAGUUCUACUGGUUAUUUGUUUGUUUGUUUGUUUUAAAUGUCAAGUACACACAGUCAGAAUUGAUUAACAAUAUAGGGAAGAAGAAGAAAACAAUUAUUAAAAAUUUAUCUGUCUUAUGAAAUGUUUUCCUUUUGCACACGUACACAUACACAGAUACAGAGAGAUUGAAUGAUGGCGGUUAAUGUCUAUACCAGAAACUACAAUUAUAAUUACUAGUAGUAUUACUAUUGUUUUUGUUGUUGUUCUGUUUUGUGUUUCUUCUGUCGGAUUCCAAAUUUCACUUUAUAUCUUUUGAUAAUUAUUGACAUAGUUUAUAUUUUUAAAAGAAAAUUUAACAUUUAUUAACUGUGAUUGCGUGGUGUUGAUAGUCCGUUAGUCGACUGUAAUGUCUACUUGUCUUGGUAAUAACAACAAUUAUCACUAUUAUUGUUAUUAUUACUGAUUGCUACCGUUGGUAUGAUUAACAGCAGUACUAGUAAGAUACAACAACAAUGAUAUUCUAUGAAUUCAACUGUAAAUAUCUUUCUUUUCCUUUCUAUGAAGAUUCUUCCCCAUAAAACUAAUGUCAUUUAGGUGUGUGUGUGCGUGUAUGUUUGUCUAUAUUUAUCGGGAUGAAUAGAUUCUGUGUUUGAAUGAUUGAAAUUGUUUUUCACAACAAAAAUAAUAAAUAUUACUGCCUCUUCUAUUAAAAAGAAACACAUACAAUUUGAUGUAAUCAACCAAUCAGUCCAUUCACACAUGUACACACAGAUACACACGAACGAAGUACGUGCACUCCUUGUUACAACAAAUAUCCCCACUACUAAUCAGUGUGAUAAGAUUUCUAUAACUAUUAUUAUUAUUAUUAUUAUUAU